ACGAGGUUGAGAAUACGAGAUUUCUUGUGUCAGACAAAGAUGGCGUUGAUGGAAAGUUUAACCCGUUCUCCAUUUAACCCUAGAGAUCACGGCUUAUCAGAAACAUUUCGUCUUAUAAACUUCACUAAACUUAAAGGAUGAGGAUGCAAAGUCCCUCAGGAGGAACUGCUCAAACUCCUAGAGGGACUUGGGGAGAAGAAAGGCGAGGGACAAAUUGGUGUUGGAAUGGAUAGUUGUGUUCUUCCAACGAGACAUAAGGGAAUAAAUAUUGUCCAGACUACCGACUUCUUCUAUCCUCUCGUCGACGAUCCCUACAUGCAAGGCAAGAUUGCUUGUGCUAAUGUUUUGAGUGAUUUAUACGCUAUGGGAGUCACAGAAUGCGAUAACAUGUUGAUGCUUCUUGGGGUGAGCAAUCAGAUGACUUUGAAGGAAAGGGAAAUCGUGACGCCCAUGGUAAUAAAAGGAUUCAACGAUUUGGCUUUAGAAGCAGGCACCACAGUUAACGGAGGACAGACAGUGCUUAAUCCAUGGUUUAUUGUUGGUGGAGUGGCUUCUAGUGUUGUGUCUAACAACGAAUUUGUCAUGCCAGAAAAUGCAGUGGUUGGUGAUGUAUUGGUCCUUACUAAACCUCUGGGAACUCAGAUUGCUGUUAAUGCACAUCAGUGGUUGGAGGAUCCUAAGUUUUGGAACAGGAUCAAGGAUGUUGUCACAACUGAAGAAGUAGAAAGAGCUUAUCAGAAAGGCAUGCUAUGUAUGGCUAGAUUAAACCGUAACGCUGCAUACUUGAUGCACAAGUAUGAAGCACAUGCUGCUACAGAUGUAACUGGAUUUGGAAUUCUAGGUCAUGCAAGCAAUUUAGCCAGCAAUCAAAAAGCAGAGGUGGCAUUUGUUAUACACACACUUCCUAUCCUGGCAAACAUGGUAAAAGUGUACGAGGCUUGUGGUGUUAAUUUCAAAUUACUGGAUGGAUUCUCUGCUGAGACUUCUGGUGGACUGCUGAUCUGUUUGUCACGUGACAAGGCCCAGAGUUAUUGUGAUGAACUUCAGUCUCUAGAUGGACAUCCAGCUUGGAUUGUUGGUGAAGUGGUGCAUGGAAACAGACAGGCAGAGAUGCAGACAGAUCUGAAGAUCAUUGAAGUCUAGCCUCUCCGCCCUAGGAAAUGUAAAUUGGCUGAAGCUAUAACGAGUCAUUCAACAUAUCGUCAGCAGCACUACAGUAUUAAAAAGUUUAUAACAAUUUAUUCACGGUAUUACUACUAAUUAACCCUCUUGCGGGUAAAGAAAACUUAAUUGAUCGUUAUAAACUAUGCAUUCGUUAACGCUUGGCUACACUUGGAUGGCCUGUUUGAAAACAGCAAUACAUUUUCACGGUUGUUAGCAAAUCCUACAGGUAGUGAUCCUCCGGAAGUAGGACGCUCCGAAAGUAACCACCUCAAUCAUUAACUUGUUGAAGAAACAAUGAAAGUAAGAGAUCUGUUAGGUGUCUCGUUAUUCCAAAGACCACUCAACUGUACCGACGUGAUUAUAGAUUGACCAGACGUGACUAUAGAUUGCAUUCAACAAGAUUUCUCUUUUUCUUCUCUACUUAUAUCCUAAACAUUUAUAUUUUAUUAAGAAGGAUCGGUUCAGAUAUACACAUUUUAGCCACUCGAAAGUAGCGAGCUUUGCGAAGUGUGAAAGUGCGAGAGUAGAACUAUUAAAAGUCCGCCAAAUCUGAAAGGAACGUGGGUGGUUACUUUUCUGAGUGAAACACUUUAGUCUGACCGUGCGUCGCCUAACCGAUAGAAGCCGAUGUCAUCGUUUUUCCGCGUGAGCGCAAAUGUCCCUGUCCAUAUUUUUUUAGGGAUUUAUCUUCUUAAUCUGUACAAAAACGCACUGAUGGCGUUUGACAUAAUUUUAGUGUUUACAUGUAUGUUGGGUUUAUAGAGAUGACAAGGGAACAUAAUUUGGGUCAAGUUAAGUGUCGUUGUCUUUUUUUGUUUUUCUCAUGUUGCUGUGAAAUAUAUUUUUUAGUCAAGGGCAUCGUUUGAUAUCUCUGCCUUUAUUGCUGCAUUUCAAGUCUACAGUGCCAGGAAUUGAGCAGCUUGGUACUGUAUUUCUUGGCUGAAUGUGUAGUGAAUGUUCCUUACUGUAGAGUAAUAGCGUUGGUGUCUUACAUGAAGCUCUUGGGGUAAAUUAAUCUAAGACCUGGAGAGCUGAUGUUUUUUAGACAUCAAUGAAAGCUACGUACAAAGAGGCAAGAUAUGGUACAUGUGUGCUUGUUACAUUUAGCAAUUUAACUGUGCGUUGUGCAUGGUUGCUUUGAUCGAUCAAUUAAAAUUUUGCACUUGAA